UACUCAACUUCCAAAUUUAAUUCAUCCCAAUUCAUUUAUCAUUCAUCUGCACUAGUCCCUCUCCUCUCAACCCCUUGAUGGAUCUCCCGGAGAUCCAUCACUUUUUCCAAAUGUUCGAUCAUGACGGUGAUGGCAAGAUAACCAUACAUGAGCUAUCAAGGUCUCUUGAAAGGCUCGGGAUGGACAUACCCGAAAACGACCUUCACCACAUGAUCGAUCAUAUUGACAAAGAUGGUGACGGGAUGAUAAACAUGGAGGAAUUUGAGAGGUUGUACGAAACAAUAAUAACAGAGGAGAGGGACGAAGAAGAGGAUAUGAAAGAGGCAUUUAAUGUGUUUGAUAUGAAUGGAGAUGGGUUCAUCACGGUUGAAGAGCUUAGAUCCGUCUUGACUUCACUUGGGUUGAGACAAGGUCGAACCAUCGAGGAUUGUCGACUCAUGAUCAAGAAGGUGGAUAAAGAUGGAGAUGGGAUGGUUAAUUACCAAGAGUUUAGGGAGAUGAUGAAAGGUGGUGGCUUUGCAGCCAUUUAAAGCGCUUGAUUUACACCUACUGAACUCUGUUUUUUAAUUACCAUCUUGUUUAAAUACCAUGUACAUCUAUGGCCUUUCAUAUUCAAUCUAAGAAUCCAUCAUUUGGUUACAUUUU